CUGCUGUGUAGUAGCAGCCUCAGACACAAGCCCUUGCCUCCGAUCCUCGUGGACCAAGUCUGGGCAGAUGGGGGAUUGUUUGGGUUAACCCAGGUCAAAAUAACAGGAAAUUCAUAAUUGCCUCUUUUGAAAUUUAGUUUUAGUUUUCAAAGGCGAAAACAGGAGGGAGAUGGAUGCUCGCUCGAUAAUAGGAGAAAGCACGGAUGCGAUAGUGAUGGAUGAUUCUCCUACAGAUGAAAGGGAUAUUCAGGAGGCUUGCCAAAGUGAGAUCCCAGCAGUUUCUCUGUGCCCCCCUGACAGCGACUGCUCUGCCGAGGCCCCGUUGACAGUCAUCCAGUGUGAGGGGGAGCUAUGUGACAGCUGCAGCAGCCUCGGCAGACCCUCUUCGUCCUGCCAGCUUUAUCACCAAGUCCCCCAGGGUUCUCGAUCGAGGGCCUACGACUCAGCGCAGCCCCAAAAAUGCCCCCACUGCAGCCAUCAUGGGCCAAUCAAACCACACACCUGCCACGACUGUAAGUCAAACACAACUGGUCCUCAUGCUGAAGGAGGUGUAGUGGUGAAAGUGGGACAUAGCUGUAGUUCUGCUCAUCAGACGUCACGUCACGGCGCGGUGAGGUGCCACUGGCUGCACGGGUCAAAUGAGAGCGGGACACAGAAACCAACACAGCGACACGUGGUGACAGUAAGGGAUGGAGGACUCUACUGCAUUCUUAGACAUUAUUCCCAGGUGAUAGUGGACUACCCGUUAGCAGUGUUGGUGGGUUGUGCUGUUCUGCUGCUGGGAUGCUCAUUGGCCGGACUCUUCAUCGGUCCACUGCCUGACUUCUCUGACCCGCUGCUGGGUUUUGAGCCACGGGGAACAUACAUCGGAGUUCGCCAGUCCAGCCUGUCCGAGCUGCAGGAGAACACUGGCCCGGGGAAAACUCUGUCUCCUUUACCGCAGCAGCUCAGCAAAAGUUUUGCGGCUCCUGUCAACGGAGACAGUAGUGAUGGGCAAGACACCUCCAGACUUCGCUUCAAGAGGAUGCUGGCAAGAGACUCGUCUCCAAACACCUUCCUGUGUGAUACUCCAGGCGAGCGUUUGGCCCAGCUGGUGUUCCGAUCAGAAAACUCAGCCAGUCUCUGGAGCCUGAAGGCCAUCCACGCCAUGUGUGAGAUGGAGCAAUCCAGGAUUCGCUCCCAGGCUCAGUUCCAGGACCUGUGCCAGCAGCAUGUGAGGGUGGAGGCUGAGGGAACGUCCAGGAGCGGCUGUUGUCCGAGCUGGUCUCUGGGGAAUUACUUGGCUGUCCUCACUAAUUCCUCCUGCUGCCUCAGCCUCACCUCACACCAAGUUUCUGAGUCUCUGAACCUUCUGCGGACAUGCGCUCUGUACUAUCAUGAAGGACAUCUAGUUGAAGCCUGUGUGGACAGACCCAAACAUGGCAGCUGUUCCUCUGUCCCAUCCCGCUGCAAACAAUCACGCGUGGUGUUCCAGAUCCUGCACUUCCUGGUUGAUAAAGACUUCCUUGGGCCGCAGACUGUUGAAUACCAAAUCCCAACACUGAAGUACAGCCUUCUGUUCUUACCCCUCGACAAAGGGGAGCACAUGAUGGAGAUGUAUAUGAGCAGUCUUGAAGGCAGGGAUUUGACCUACAAUAAUACCACUAUCACUGGCAUGGACUUCGGCAUCAAGCAGACACUCUUCAAGCAUUACCUUGCAAGAGAUUCAGUAUAUCCUGUCCUAGCUGUUGUUUGUCUUCUCUUCACUAUGGCUCUUUAUCUCCACUCUCUCUUCAUAGUAGCAUUAUCUGUAAUAGCAAUCACAGGCUCCCUCCUGACCUCUUAUUUCUUGUACAAAGUAGCAUUUCGCCUGACUUUCUUCCCCCUGGUCAACCUCUCAGCAGCUCUUAUCCUCUUGGGAAGCUGCUCCAAUCAGGUUUUCAUCUUUGCUGAUUUCUGGAAUCUGCAGCUAUCCCAGAACCCCUCAGCCUCCCUGGAGAAGAGAGUAUACAGAGCUUUGCAGGAAGUCGGCUAUUUGAUUCUAGCGUCCGGGCUGACCUCCAGCGCAGCGUUUUUCUCUGGUUAUCUCAGCAGCAUCACAGCAAUCAGAUGUUUCUCUGUUUAUCUCGGAACUGCCUCUUUCAUCAGCUCACUCCUGGCGUUAGUGUGGCUGCCGUGCUCAUUUGUUCUGCGGGAACGCUACACUGAGGCGUCUUCUGCAUCGUUGGCAGUGCAGGGAUGGAAACCAUGCUGCUCCAAAAACACAGGCGGCUUCUGGGAUACAAGCUCACGCAAAAAAUGCCUCUUCACUCUCGGCCAGAAGCUGAGAGAAUUAAAACGAGGGCUCACUGACACUUCAAAUUUAUUAUUUCUGAAAAUUUUGCCAUGUGGAGUGGUAAAGUUUAGGUACAUCUGGGUGUGCUGGUUUGCGGUGCUCGCUGCCGGGGGCACUUACAUGUCCUGCAUUGACCCAGGCAUGAAGCUGCCCACCUUAGAAAGCAAGGUCACCCAGCUUUUCCGCUCCAGUCACCCGUUUGAAAGAUACGACGCAGAAUAUCGCCACAUGUUUAUGUUUGAGAGACAGAGAAAUGGAGAGGAUAAACCUGUUACAUUAAAGCUUGUUUGGGGCGUCAAGCCAACAGAUAACGGGGAUCACUUUAACCCUAAAAGCAAUGGGUCUUUGGUUCUCGACCCAGACUUUAACAUGAGCCAACCAGAUGCUCAGGUCUGGUUAAGGGACCUGUGUGGACGGGUCCAGAAUCAAAGCUUUUAUUCCCCCCCAUCACCUGAGGAUAGAAACGUUAUGACAGACAAUAUCUGUCUUGUGGAGCAGCUAAUACACUGGGUAUCUGUCAGACAGUGCUCAGAGAGUGAUGACGCCCUUCACUUCUGCUGUAAUGACAUCCCUUUCCCCUACCCUCCCAGUGUUUUUGAGAACUGCCUCAGCAUGAUGCUGGCAGAGAGGUACGCUGAGGGCCAUCUGGCCCACAGCGGAGGUCUGUACUUCCAGCCAGAUGGCAGGGUCGCUGCCCUCGUGUUGGCAUUCAAAACCACAUACCUCUACAGCUUCAACUUCAGCAGAACCAGUGCUUUUUACAGAGAAAUCCUGACAUGGUUUAACAAAGAAAUCUCAGGAGCCCCACAAGGACUCGAGAACGGCUGGUUCAUCAGUCAGCUGUCUCUUUUUGAUCUACAACAAUCCUUGAGCUCAGAGACUCUCGUAGUAGCUGGCUUCUCAGUAGCUAUCACAUUUGUGUUGCUUCUUUUAACCACCUGGAAUAUUCCACUGAGUAUAUAUGGCACUGUAGCUGUCGGAGGCAGUGUGUUUGUCACUGUCGGCCUCCUGGUUCUUCUUGAAUGGCAGCUGAGCGGCAUUGAGGCUCUGUUUAUAUCAUCAGCAGCAGGACUUUCUGUUGACUUUAUAGCUAACUACUGCAUAUCCUACAGCUUGGCUCCUCAUUCAGACAAAAUUGGGAAAGUAGCACACUCCACUAAAAGGAUGGGAUGUCCUGUAGCAAUAGUUUCUGGUGCAUUUUUCUCAAUGGGGAUCAUCAUGUUGCCUGCCACAGCGUUGCUGUUCAGAAAACUGGGGAUUUUCCUGUUUUUGGUGAAAUGUGUAGCAUGUGGAUUUGCAACCUUCUUUUUCCAGUCCCUGUGCUGUUUUUUUGGACCCCAGAAAAACUGUGGAACGAUCACGCUGCCGUGUUUUUCGGACCAGGCUGACGGCGUACUGUCAACUUGCUCGGCAGCAGAACCUGGUUCCUCCUCAGCUGCUAAUGGCGACUUUGGCAGAUCUAGAGUGAGGAGGAGUUAUGACAAAGAAGCAGGUGGCUAUCUCUACCCCAACCACCAACGUCAGCACAGACAGAAACAGAUUGGGGCAGGAGGAGGAGGGGGUGGGGGUGGGGGCAGAGGGCCAGAGCAGUAUGAGCUGCAGCCGCUGGCUUAUCGGCUGAGUGACAGCUUUGAGAACAGCACCUGCACCAGUAAACUGUCCAACCGGCCCUCUGUGCUCUCUGAUGAGAUUGAAUAUUGCGGGAGAGAUGUGGGAGGAAAUAGCAUGGAUGGGGAGAGUGAAGAGAGAUGCAGUCGUCAACAUAAGAUCUACCAACCACCUCCAGCCCUCCAGACUUCAUCACCUUACAAAGAAAACACCCUGCGGCCUGUGGGACCGGCCCAAGAGGACCUCGCCAAGGACAAGCUGCUGUGUAAGACAUGCAGAGGUCAGCCUGGUGCGGUGACGCACUGGGGCAAUACAUCUUUCUCCUCAUCUUCCAGCAUACAGGAGACUAUAAUCAGCCACACACUGGAGACCAUUGACCAGCCAUCUCUCAGCACAGAGGAACAAACCACACAGGAGCAUCUCCAUCACCACUCCCACAAAGAGCACCUCUCCUCCUUGUCCCAGAGCUCCUGCGAGGGUCUGGAGGAUUCCUGUGAAACAUGCCUCAGCGACAUCGAGCCUGGGCCUUCAAACCCACAGCAACAUGAAGAAGGAGAGGCUCAGUUACAACCAGGAUACCUAAAUGGGAAGAGAGAUACGCUUCGCCUCUCACUGAAAGAAACUGUUUAUGAGACUUGUAAUAAGGGCCGCACCAGUCAGAGUGAAGAAGUGGUUAUUUUACCCAACAGUAAGCCAGACUUACCAGAUGUUUGGAUAAAGAGAGACGGAAAACAGGAGGAUACGUGUUGAGCAAAGUUGGAGGAAUCUUUGUAAACACUGUGCAUUAAAUGCUCUGAAUUUAUAUUUAAAAAAAAAAAAAAAAAGGAAUACAAAAGCAUAUACAAAUUACAAAAGGAACAUACAAUGUUUCUUUUGUAUAAUACUCAAAGGAAAUAUAAGCUAACUGCAAAUGUAACAUGUGACAGCAUGUUUGUCUUAUGUUGCUGCUAAGGUUGUUACAGUUUCUUUCACAAAUGAGGUCAAAGCAUGAGUGUUUCUUCAGAAAAAGGUCAAAUCAAAGCAUGAGUUGUUCAACCCAGAAUUUCCAGGAAGACCAUAAAAGAUGAAGCUUUUUUUUCUGCCUUGAUUUUGCACCAAAGUCACACUUGAAGAAACUACAGCUACAAGGAUGUCAGCAAAAAAACAAAACAAACAAAAAACACUAAGUACUGCACCUGCUGCUGCAGAAUUUACUUUGUGCCUGGAACUUUUUAACAUCUGCACCGACUGGGUUAUUAACAAAUACAGUGCCACCUCUGUGCAACUGCUGGCCUUUCUCCAUGCUGGAAUUGACCUUAAUGAGCCAUAUACAUUCAUGGACUUCAUAAUAUUAAAAGAUAAAUGUGAGAUAUACAGAGAGAGAGAUGCAUUAUGUGUGACUGUGUGCAGAAUUACAUACAGUAUAUUGGCAAGAGUCAGUUAUCACAUCUACAGUAGCAAAGAGCUCUCACUAAACUACAGUCAGUUGAGUUUGCACUUUGUGACAAAUGAUAUGUACAGUAUGUCAUUGUGACCAUGACGUAGAAAAUCAAAAAUGUGUCAUUUCUAGUGUCAUGGUUUGGUUGCAUUUAAUGUUUCACUGUCAAUUUAAAAGUCAGGCUGUUUAUUCCAGUGUCAGUGCCAAAAAAAUGUAAUGUUUACUUACUAUACUGAUUCUAAAAGGCAAAAAUGUUUCUAAUUCAGAUAUAACACUAUACUGUGUACACUGUGGGUUUAUACACUGUUGGCAAAUUAAGGUGCAUACUCUUGCUGGAUCUGUGGAUGUCGGUAUAUGCCUUAGCCUUUGUAAAGAAACAGGAGCGAGUUCUUAUUUCGAUUUCCAAAGCAGUAGUUGUACCAUCACAUGCCACAGCUUCAACAGCUAAGAAUUUGUAUAUAAACCUUGCUGCACCACUGUUAAGAGAAACGCCAACAGGCAAUUAUCUGAGGAACAGAACGCCUUCCUCUACAGCCCAUCCCACAGCUGAGAGGUAACAUCACGUGUGUCUCAAUACCAACGGUAUUUAGGACAUGAGCAUGUGCCAAAUGUCUUUCAAUAGGUUGAAGCUAAAAAUGUGUGUUUUGUGCAAAGGGUGUGUCCUUUAAAAAAUAAGAUGUAUUUAUGGUACUCAAUAGGAUAUUAAGUAUAAAACAAAGAGGUGUAAGAGUUGAAGUGUUGAUGGUGGAGCCUUGACAAAAUUAUUAUAAAUAUAUAUAUAUAUAUAUAUAUAUAUGAAACAUGCCUAUGAGCAGGGUUAUUUUCAAGCUCUCUUGUUGUAAGAAGUGUUUGCUUUUGACAUCUUAACUGUAUAAUCACAAUUCUUCAAAGAGCCUUCACUUUAAAAUCACUCAGCAGAAUUCUCUGCCUUAGAGAGGAAUAAAAUCAAUCACAGGCUUUCUACAACAGAAGAAAUGAAAAAAGGUUGCCACCACUGUUAUUUACAGCUGUUAAUGUUGUUAAUUUUUCACCAAACUGAAAUAAAAUGAAAUACAUUUA